CUUCCCGUAGAGAUGGCGGUGGGCGGCUCUAUAUAACGGAUCCUCACAGCAGCCUUCUGUGGUGGCCUGUGAAGUAGUAGUUAAGAGCACGGGCUUUGUUUUCACACCUAGUUGUGAAACCUGGCUCUGCUCGCCUGCAACAUGGAGGAACGACUUGAACUCUGACCCUGUGUCCUUGCCUGUAGAAUGAGGAUAAUUCUUUCCCACCUUGCAGAGUAGUUGCGAGGAUUAAAGGAAAUUGUCUUGGUUGACAAAUUUAUCAUGGUGCUGGUAUGUAGGUGAUAGCUAUCGAUAUUAUUUGAUGAAUAAGGAGACUCGGUUCAGAGAAAAGCACCUUCGUACAUCCACUGAAGUGGGACUUCUCCAUCAGUAGGCCCUUGUCUGAGAGCAAGAGAAACAGCUCUGAUUCUGAGGAACUAUAGCUUCUCCCUCAGUGCCUGGGAGAGUACUAGGACUGCUUUCUGGGAACUGUGGAAUGUGCCCUUGGGGGCCCAAGAUAGCAGAAGGAAGAUGCUCCAGACCAGUAACUAUAGCCUGGUGCUCUCCCUGCAGUUCCUGCUGCUGUCCUAUGACCUCUUUGUCAACUCCUUCUCGGAGCUACUCCGAAUGGCUCCUGUCAUACAGCUGGUGCUCUUCAUCAUCCAGGAUAUUGCAGUCCUCUUCAACAUCAUCAUCAUUUUCCUCAUGUUCUUCAACACCUUCGUCUUCCAGGCUGGCCUGGUCAACCUCCUCUUCCAUAAGUUCAAAGGAACCAUCAUCCUGACAGCUGUGUACUUCGCCCUCAGCAUCUCCCUUCAUGUCUGGGUCAUGAACUUACGCUGGAAAAACUCCAACCGCUUUGUCUGGACAGAUGGACUUCAAACGUUAUUUGUAUUCCAGAGACUAGCGGCAGUGUUAUACUGUUACUUCUACAAACAGACAGCUGUGAGACUGGGUGAUCCUCGCUUCUACCAGGACUCCUUAUGGCUGCGCAAGGAGUUCAUGCAAGUCCGAAGAUCUCUUCGUGGCUAAGAGGCGUGCCAAGUCCCAGCCUUAGCAUCUACUCGGUCCAGUGGCAGAUUGAGCCACAGAGCAGACACGGAUAUUUACUGAAUCCCACUGUAAGUACAAGAUGAAAUUCAGGAUGUAAUUUGAUGCCCCACGCCCAUCCCUGGAGUUCCAGACUUCUGUGUUUUAUUCAUCUCUCCCCCUGUCAGGGCGCUAAGUUGCCCUCAGAAGAGUAAAAAUGUUCCCUAGACUCUUUUGGCAAAAGAAAUUUAAAAGUUUGUGUGCCCAUAGUAUCAGUUUUCUACUGCCAGAAUAAUGUGUAACAGACCCAGCACCAAACUUAAGUGGCAUAUAACAAUAAACAGUUCCGUGGCUCUUGAGUCGGGGUUCAGCUGAUCUGUCUGGGUUUGGGUAAUUUUUCCUGGGCUUGCACAUGUGUCUGUGGUCAGCUGUGGGUCAGCCAGGCAUGUGUGAUGAUCUUGAGAUCCUUGAUUCUUGGCUAACUUAGGCUGGCCUCAGCUGGAAUGACUCUGCUUCACAUGACAUCCUCCAGCAGACUUGCCUGGGUCUGUUUACAGACAGUGGCAGGGGAGCUGGAGAACAAGCCCUAGGGUGCAAUCCCAUUUCAAGCCUCUACUUGUAUUGUGUCUCCAGACCCCCAUAGGUCAAAGCAAGUCAUGUGACUGAGCCCAGUGUCUGGGAAAGUGCUACAAAGUUUCCUGGCAGAAGACAUGGAUACAAAAAAAAAAAAAGACAUGGAUACAGAGAGGGCCAUUAACUCAGUCAGUCUACCCCCCCAGAAAGUUGCUCUGUGAAACUUAUUAUUUGGAGAUACUCUAGCCCAGGAGUUGGCAAACUUUCUGUAAAAGGCCAAAUAGUAAAUAUUUUAGAUUUUGAGGGCUGUGUGGCCUCCGUUGCAAUUACUCAACUCCGACAUCUUGUAGCAUGAAAGCAGCCAGAGAUGAUAC